GGUUUAUCUAGAAGUGUACUUGUGAUGGAUAAGCUAGAGUCACCAGCACAUAGAGCAGCUAUACAGCAAUCAGGCAACUUGCGUAAUGUAUUAAAUGAUAUGUUGGAGGCAUCCAGGACUAAGAUAAUGGUGAAAGGACAUUCAAAGCUAAGUUAUUGGUAGUUCAUAAUGANNNNACAUACAGGAGGGGAUACCGAGCUCUUGGAUAUGCUCUAUAGUAGGGCGGCUACAAUGCUCGAUGAUAGUAGUACUAGAUUAACAGAUAAUCGAGAGAAGCUAUCAUCAAGAUGUUUGGAUGUAGUAUGCGCAAUAUCAAGUAUGGUACCCAAUAUAUCUAAAGAAGGUAGAAAGGUAGCAUUAAAUGCUGCUAGGAUAGUGUUCGAGGAUCCUAAUAGUGAUCUUGAUACGUUAUGGAGUCUUCGGAAGGCUAGUGCACGUCUUGGUUUCUCGGAUGUCAUCAAUAAUAUUGAUAAAGCCUUCUACAGUCGUAUAGGGUAUAUGGCAAGAAUCGAUAAUAGUAUUGAUGAAGGUGUGGUAUUAAUGAGUGGUAAUGAGGCAAUGCUUAGGAUAUCAUCAUCGAUACCAGCUGCAGUUGAAUGGGCAUCACAAUCACGAGAGGGUCUAGAUGGCUUACCAAUGGCAAUUAAGGGUAUUAUACAGGAUGGAGUUAGAUCGACAUUGAAAGCUAAUGAAGUUGCUAGGAUCAUCAACACUUGCCUCCUAUGUGCAAGUCGUGAUGGGGGGUCUAUUGAUACAGUAAUAUCAUUAUUGAGGCCAGCUGUGGAGAAGAUGAUGAGUAUUAAGGCAAAGUUGGGUCGUGAUGAUAUAUACUGUAUAAUGUUGGCUUUGUUAAAGACCCGACAUAGUUCUAUGGAAUAUAGGAAUACAGUAUUGGAUGCAUUUCUAGAUAAGAGCAUUGAUAUGCUUAAUAUAUUCAAGCCAUAUCAGCUUGCAGUCGUUAUAAGGGUAUUAUUGCAGAAGGUUGUUGUUCAUGACGAGAACGGAGGACGACGAGAUGAUGAAGCUAUCAUGAAAGCUAUUAUUGAUAUAUUAGUUACUAGAGGUAGAGAGUUUGAUAUAGAUUCGAUUACCGAUAUAAUAAAGGAUACAUAUACAUAUGAUGGUAAGGAUCGUCUAUCAGCAGUCCAACGUAAGGCUAUGACAGAUGUAUUGAAGACUAUAUUUAGUAUAUCGGAUGGUUAUGAGAGAGCAGCAGAGAUAGAGUUGAUAGAGGCAUCAUUAGAUGCAUUGGGUGAUAAUAAGAAGGCUAAUACUGCAUUACACCUACUAUGUAUACUAGCUGAUCACGGACUAGCAUCAUCAUCAUCUAGGAUGUCACAGAAGAGUGGUAUGGAUGCAACAGCAGAGGAGAUACCACUAGCAUCUAUACUCCGACAAUACAUAAAGCAUAACCCUCCGGUACACCUUAAGAGUACUGAUAUAGCACGUGCUUGCCGAUAUACUGAUGUAUUACAGGAUUCAUUUGAUGUCCUCGAGGUACUUGAUGACUUUGUCUCGAAGGCUAAUAACAUAUUAUUGAUGACUACCGAGCAAUAUGUACAGCUAUUAGCUGCCUCUAUCAUUAUGGAAAGUAAGAGGCAGCCCCUCUAUACUAACAGCAAUAAUAGUGCAACUACCAAACUAGCUACUAUACUGUUCGAUCAAUAUAGCCUUUACGGUACACGUAACGAUCUACGACCAGAUGAUAUAAUAACAAUUAUAGAGGCAUCAUUACGGAACAAUAAUGAAGUGUCUAGGAAGUGGACAUUCCAAGACCCUAUCCUGGCUGAGGCUAUUAGAGUAUUGGUACCUGUUAUACAUGAUGCCGACUCUAAGGUCCUUAUUCAAUUUAUAACAACAUUAUCACACAAUAAGGAUGUCCUACCAAACCUAAGCCAACUGAAUAGAUAUUCCCCUAUAGCACAGUUAUCAUCGUCAAUACUAUCAACAUUAUCAACAACAUCACCAACACUUAGUGUUAGGGAUAUGACUCAAGCCUUAAAGGCAAUGGCCAGACUAGAUUGGUACUCAACACGAUGUAUAACAGCUAUCACUAAUACCCUUAUUAAUGCUAGACUUACCUCAACUAGUAUGGAUCAUAUUGGCGAUCUUGCGCAGUCACUGAGAGUAAUGCGUGUACAUGAUACCCCUCUAUUGAGAAAGCUAGUAACAUGGUAUAAGUGGAUGUUGAAGGCAUCAUAUGGUCCUCCACCAUACCCUCCUGAGGUGCGAGCUCAUCUAGCAUCAUUUGCCAUGCCUAUAGCUGAUCUCGGAUAUACUUCAACCCACUUUAUCGAUAUCAUUGAGGCAGCCUUGAUAGAGCAACAACAUGAUGAUGAUGGUCAUACUGCAAACCCUAAAUUACUCAUAUCAUUCCUAUACAUACUAUCACGACAAGGGCAAGAGGUAUUCAGUCGUCCAUCAUACAUUGCUGGAGUUAGAAGGUUGGUAUCAACACCUGAGGAGGAGUUACAAGGCCUAUCAGCUGCUGAUUGGAUUAAAGCCUUUCAAGUCCAUCUUGGGCCGGCUAUUGAGGGCCUACCUUAUAUCAAGAAGGAGUUGGUAUAUGAUGCUGGUGUUAAGAAGUUUAUAGAGGAUAAUGCAUCAUUUAGUUGGUAUUCAGCCCAGGAGAGGAGUAGGACCCAGUUCCUCCACUCUGAUAUGUAUCAAGCCUUACGGCAUACUAUAGAAGAGGAUCUACAAUGGCCUUUCUAUACUGCUAAUCAACUAGGGGAGGUAUAUCAUACAGAGUUUAUUAGUGAUAGGAAUAUGGAAGGAGGAUCUAAUGAUAGACGUACGGCUAUUGUAUGUAUACCACCAAUGGAUGAACUACGUUAUUAUAGAGCUACUAUGGGAGGGAAUAUAGCAUCUGAGCAGCAGCAAGGUGAUGGGCUAGGGUCAUAUAAGUCUACUAGAGUCAUGAUAGGCUCGUCCUUAUUAAAGGUUAGACAUUUAAUGACACUAGGGUGGAAGGUGGUACCAAUAUGGAUAUCAGAAUGGUCAUCAUUGCAGUCAACUAAGGAUAGGGUUGAUUAUCUGAUACAACAAUCAAUAAGAGCUUAUGCUCUAGGGCCAGCACCAGAUAUAACAUACAAUGAUAAUGAGUAUGCAAACCCACCAUGAUUAUGUUUCUGAUAAGACCCCUUCACGUUUCUAUCAUAA